UACUUUUACGUUUUGCUUUGUUUUCCUUCUUUCUAACAAUAGGCCUGAUCUGUUUGGCAUGUGAUCCUGUCUUAUUCUUGGAGAUUUGCAUGUUGCGUUGGAGACUGGAGGGCUGUAGCUCUCUCUGUCUGUCUCUCUGUUUUGCUUCUUACAGCAGCUGAGUGACUGGUUUGCCUACCCAUAAUCAAACCUCAGAAGAAGAAGAAGAAGCAGCUCCCAGUAUGCACCGCGGUCCGGUCGCUCUUUUGUUGCCGGAAACGCGUCUGGGACAAUGCAAUCACAGCCCGAUGUUGAGAGGUUGGCAAAUGGAGAUGUGUCUCAGAGAGACCAUUUACUGGGAAAAGAUGUCACCGGUCUGCUUGACCUGGCUGCUGACCAACUGUUUAACGGCUCUACAGUUGCUUCGAGGUUCCUGCGGGCUGAACUGGAACUGAAUGCACGGUUACGGACGCUGUCCUUUGGGAAACCAGUGCGAUACACGUACAACCCGCUGGAAUAUGCCUGGGACACACAUCGAUGUUAUGUGGAGAAAUACUGUCAGGAAGGCCAGAGCGUUCUCUUUCUAGGCAUGAACCCAGGGCCUUUUGGCAUGGCACAAACAGGGGUACCGUUUGGCGAGGUGAAGGCAGUUCGCAGUUGGCUGAAGAUAACUGGAGCGGUCGGCCGUCCAGCAGAGGAGCAUCCUAAGCGACGGAUCACAGGCCUCGACUGCACUCAGAGUGAAGUGAGCGGAGCCCGAUUCUGGGGCUUUUUCCAAGAGCUCUGCGGUGAAACUCACAACUUCUUCCGUCACUGUUUUGUGCACAACUUGUGCCCUCUCAUCUUCAUGAGUGAGUCUGGCAAGAACCUAACUCCGCCUGAGCUCCCGGCCGCGGAGCGUGAUGCCCUUUUGUCCUGCUGUGACAGUGCUCUUUGUCAGGUAGUCACUGCACUGGGAGUCUCCCUGGUGAUCGGAGUGGGCAAGCUAGCAGAGCAACGCGCUCGACGGGCUCUUGCAGAAGCAGGCAUCACUGUGAGAGUGGAGGGCAUCAUGCAUCCGUCCCCUAGAAACCCACUGGCUAAUAAAGGAUGGGCUAACAUAGUCAGAGACAAACUAGAUAAUCUGGGGGUGUUAAGUUUGCUUACCAGUUGAUGAUGAGGAUGGUGAUGACAGCUACUGCCUCUGCAUUUUAAAAUUUACUCAUUAAUGCUUUUGAACCUUAAUGUUGCCAUUAUCAGAGACUUGUUUAAGAUAACAGACGUUAUGACCAAUAAUGGAGUACUUUAUGACACAUUUAUUAUUUUUAAAUUUGUUUUUAUGUGUAUUAUUUAUCUCUGUAUGUGUGUGUGUUUGUAUACACAGAACUUUUGAUGGCCAUUUUAAGCUCUUUUGUAUGUUAAGAUGUAAAGGUACAUGCAUGUGUGGUAAUUUUUUGUUUUGUUUUGUUGUCUUGUUUUUUGUUUUUUGUUUUUUUAAAUAUACAUUUAGAUUUAGAUUUACAUUUGUGGUGCUAGGAAAAAAAAAAAAAAAAAAACUACUGUAGAUAUUACUUUGUUAUUCUUUGAUUAUAACACACUAAUUUAGCCACAGUGAGUUCAAGAGGUUAUUAUACCUUGAGUUCAGUCUCAUUUUUGCCCUUGAGUGGAGUGUCAUUCUUUUAUUCUGUGUGUUUAACCCAAAUGUUGAGUCGAAUGUAUAGGUGAUGGCAAUAAAUUGUAUCUCAUGUUUAAUUUUGUGUUCACGAGUUAACCGAAGUGUUUUGUAUUUCAAAAGAAAACAACUAUGUUUAACAUAUGAGCUUAUGAACUUUUAAUGCUAUAUUGUUACUAAAAUGGUUAUUUUCUUGCAUGUUUAUAAAAUGUUUAGGUUUGGAGGUAGGUUAAGAGGUCUAAAAGUCUAAAUCACUUAUUGAUAAAAUGAUAAAAAUGCAUUGAUAAGAAUAUCUUAAUGAAAUAAAAACAAUAUUACUAACUCAUCAUUA